AUAUUGAAUUCUAGUAUUCGUUUUACCAGUGAAUACCAGACAAACUGAUAAAAUUUAAAACUAAUAAUAUCAUUUUGCUUGGAACAUAAAAUAAUGCAACACCAUAUCUUCUAGUAUGCCUGGUAGUAUGAAGAAAAAUUGAAAAUGAUAUAUUACUGCAUAAACCAUCUCAAAAGAGUUUAUUCACUUAUGAAUAGUUGUAGGGCAUUAGAUGAAUUUCAAUUGAAUUUUUUAGUAAAUGAAACAAGUAAAUUAAUUUAUCAAUGUGUUUAAAAUCAUACUGCUUUUGUUCAAAUUACUAUAAUAAAUCUUAGAAGGCUGGAUCGACUGUCGUUUGUCGAAAGCUGUAGUCAAUUGACAAAAUGAUUCACUGAAGCAUCAUACUGCUUAUAAACAUAUUAAAAAUGUUUAUUUAUUUGAUAGCUCUGGUAGCUACAUUAUUCAUUAUUUUUGGACUGUUACACGCUAGGUGUUUAAAUGAUUGGCUGCAAUCAUCGAUUCGCUUACCCUUCAACGUUUCCAGUAGACUAAUUCGGAGGCCCGUGAAUGAAAUAUCCUUGCAAAACGAAAGCCUGGAAAAUAAUUUAACAUCUGAGAGACCGUUCCUUGUAACCAGUGAAUGGGGAGAACACGACGGUAUUUCUGUUACAUUUAACAAUGUAGAAAGGUUGCCAGACUCAAUUUUGGAUGAACCUGGAAUUAAAUUAAGGAAUCCACGAUACAACUUUGAAGAUAUACCACCAAUUGAAAUGAAAAAAGAUCCUGAUCUGGCUGGUACGAAAACAUUGCAACUAGGGAUAGCAAAGAAUAACGCAAUCGGAAAACAAGAGGCAAAUGAGAAUAUAUUUGAAUCAUUAAAAAAUUCCAUUGAGAAAACCGCUGCUAGUCAAUCAGGCAGAUUAAAUACUAAACAAAUAUAUAAUUUAAUCAUGAAAGAGACUAUGAAAGAAAGCGAAGCAAAACAAAAGUUAGUGGAAAGUUUUAGAAGCAAGCCAAUUGAAUCGCCGAUUGAAAUACGGGAUCAUUUUGCAUCGUCAUCGUCGAAAGAAGAAGAUGAAGAUAAUCUUAAUAAAUCAAAAUCUAACGAUACCAUCUAGUAUUAAAAUAUAAUAAAUUUAAAAUAAAAUUAUAAUGUAAAA